UUUAACCAUUCAUACAGUUCAACUUCAAUGGGGUAGGGACGUCCCAGAGAUCUUGAAAGCACAGACCAUUUUGAAAGCAUGACGUGGAAAGGGGCGGAGAUGUCAGUCAAUGUGAAAAUGCGAUAGUCACAGCAGUAUCAGCACCAGUACUUCUGGAAGUUUCUUACAUGUUGGCUAGCUAGCGACAUGGUGAAAAGCGUAUUUUGAGUAGCCACGAUAUCUCGGCUCAUAAAUUGAUUUAUUCAGCAGAGAGUGGGAUAUAUUUAUCUAACUCCAUAGUUUAAUAGGUCAAAAAAAUCGUGGCGGGUCGGAUUUUUAGCUAGCUUGCAGCUGUCAACUGGUUAAGUAGCUAGCCAGCUUCAAACACUAAAUUUCAGUGUGCUUGGUUGACGGACUUUUAUAUGAGAUUAACUGGUGAAUUGACGAUGUUUUUUUGAAUAUCAAGCGUUACUUGGCAGAUACUCGUAAUGGGUAAAGACUAUUAUAAAGUGUUGGGUAUACAGAAAGGCGCCUCUGAGGACGAGAUAAAGAAGGCGUAUCGAAAGCAGGCCCUGCGAUAUCACCCUGAUAAAAACAAGUCCACUGGAGCUGAGGAUAAAUUCAAAGAGAUCGCCGAGGCCUAUGAUGUCCUCAGCGACGCAAAGAAAAAGGAUAUAUAUGACCGAUAUGGAGAAGAAGGCCUGAAGGGGCACACAGCCGGCGGGGGUGGUGGUCCCAAUGGCCCCAACAACUACAACUACACCUUUCAUGGAGAUCCUCACGCCAUGUUUACAGAGUUUUUUGGUGGCCGCAGCCCAUUCGACCAGUUCUUCGCACGCAACGGGGACGAUGACAUGGACACUGAUGACCCCUUUGCUGCAUUUGGUAUGGGGGGUAUGCCGGGUGGAAUGGGAGGGUUCCACCAACACCAGAGGUCCUUCAAAUCCCGACCAGGGGGUCCCCACGGGAGCCGUGAGAAGAAGAAAGAUUCUCCGGUGGUACACGAGCUGAAGGUGAGCCUGGAGGAGGUGUUCUCCGGCUGCACCAAGAAGAUGAAGAUCUCCAGGAAGCGGCUGAACCCGGACGGCUGCAGCAUGCGCAGCGAGGACAAGAUCCUGACAGUGGACAUCAAGCGAGGCUGGAAGGAAGGGACCAAGAUCACCUUCCCCAGGGAGGGAGAUGAGACACCCACUAACAUUCCCGCUGACGUGGUGUUUGUGGUCAAAGACAAACCCCAUCCUGUGUUCCGCCGGGAUGGCUCCGAUAUCAUCUACCCUGCUAGAGUGUCCCUCAGAGAUGCACUGUGUGGAUGCACGGUCAGCGCUCCCACUCUGGACGGCAGAACUGUGACUGUGACCUCCAGAGACGUGGUCAAACCUGGGAUGAAGAAGCGUAUCGUGGGAGAGGGACUACCCCUGUCCAAGUGCCCAGAGAAGAGGGGGGACAUGGUGCUUGAGUUUGUAGUGAAAUUCCCUGAGAAUUUGGGGCAGAGUGUCCGCGAUGCACUGACUCAGAUUCUUCCUCCUUGAAUAACUAAAGUGGCUUUUGAAGACACCUAACAAACACGAAGACAGACAGUCGUCUUUCUCCAUUACAGUUGUCCUUACCCUAGGCCAAAGAACAUAAGUUGUUUGGGAAUUAUACUUGUUUAUUUUGAUUCAACCUUUGAUCCAAAUUAUAAUUCAGUUAUAUAUUUAACCACCAUGAGAUAUUGACAGACAAACAUGUUGGUCUCUGUUCUGAUGUUAGCUGUUCUGUUUGGUUCAUAAUUUUUUUCCUGUUUAUUAUUAAAACAUUUAGAUUUUAUUACCAACAUGUCCUAUUGACAGUAUUCCAUUUCCCAUUGGAAGGGAAAAUAAAGACAUUUCUGGGGGGACCCAGUGCUAGA